AUGGUCUCGCUCAAUCGAAUCGUCCUUCUCAUUGUGGUCCUUCUGACGUUCUGCCUCGCCACCACCGAAGCGUGGGGAUGGUAUCGCCGUCCACGCCUUUGGGGUCUUCGCCGAUUCCGACGUCCCUGGGGCUAUGGCUUCCGAAGACCAUUCGGAUACCAUCCGCUCUUCAACCCAUUCUUUCCACCGCCCAUGUUCGGACCAUUCGGAUUCUAUGGAUGA